AUGGUUUGGUUCGUGAACGUGUAUGAGUUCGAAAAUGUUUUUUUUUUUUUGGAGCCGUUAAAAGUGGGUGAUGAUUGUAUUGUAGACACGGAUUGCGAAGAAAUAAAAAAUUCAUUUUGCGACAUUUACGAUGAUGACAAAUGUAAAUGUUCAGACGGUUUCGUACCAUCUAUAAAUAAAACAUCUUGUUAUAAAAUAAUUGAUAAUAUAGGAGAUGAAUGCGAGAUAACAGAACAAUGUCAAAAAAUUUCUUCUGCUUCUCCUGCUCCCGUUGAAUGUAUAAAUAAAAAGUGUACCCUAUCGAAAAAAGAAAAAGUAGAAGAAUGUUCAGAAGAUGUUAAAUGCGUUAAAGGUAGUUGCGUAAGAGGAAUGUGCGUGGAACCAGCACCGCUACCAUCAGUACCAGUUUUUAAUUAUUUAGGUCAACCCUGCGGUAAUAAUUCCGAUUGUAAUAAAGUUUUACAAUCCGAUUGCGUCGAUUAUAAAUGUCAAUGUUUAAAAGGUUUCGUACCUUCACAAAAUUUAAGGUUUUGCUUACCCAUCGUUAAUAAUCUUGGAGAUCCCUGCGAAGAAUCCGUUCAGUGUGAAAAAAUGAACGGAAGCGUUUGCGUCAACGAUAAAUGCGUUGAAAAAAUGACAAAAUUUUUACUCAACGAUAACGUUGGUUCCACGUCACUUUUACUCGGUUCCACGUGCGAUUUAAACGACGAUUGUAAACAUAUAAAAAAUGCUAUUUGUAACGAAAACAUAUGCGAAUGUUUAGAAAAUUACGUCACUUCCGUUUCUUCGAAUAAAUGUUUGAUUAAAGGUCUCAAAGAAGGAGAUUAUUGCGAAGUCGAUCAACAAUGUUUAAACGUUAAAGACGCGACUUGCAUCGAUAAUAAAUGUUUAAAAACGUCUAACCGAACCGGAAAUGGAAAAAACUCAGUUUUUUUUAUGACAAUAAGUUAA